AGCGUACCCAGCAAAAUAGAAAAAAUUUUCCUGAAAACGACGUCAUCAGGAAAAGUGUUCAGAAUCCGUCGUCGUUGUCUUCUUCAGAAUGGCUUCGGUGGCGGCGUGGCUGCCGUUCGCGAGAGCCGCCGCUAUCGGAUGGGUUCCCAUUUCGAGACAGCCCAUGCCACAGGCCCCAGUUGCAAUACAGGCCAAAGACCUCGCGGUUGAUCAUGUCUCUGACGAAAAACUAGCAAUCAACAUAUCAGGACGAAGGUUCGAAACGUGGAAGAACACGUUGGAAAAGUUCCCAGAGACUCUAUUGGGGUCAAAUGAAAAAGAGUUCUUUUAUGAUGAAGACACUGGGGAAUACUUUUUCGAUAGGGAUCCGGACAUAUUCCGACACAUUCUCACAUUUUAUAGAACGGGAAAAUUGCAUUAUCCCCGUCAUGAAUGUCUUGUUGCAUACGACGAAGAGCUCAGUUUCUUUGGAAUAAUGCCUGAUUUGAUAUCAGAUUGUUGCUAUGAAGACUAUAAAGAUAAAAAACGAGAAAAUCAAGAAAGAUUACAAGAAGAACGUGUAGAAAAUGCGGAUAUAUCAACAUUAAAAUUGUCUCUUAAAGAGAAAAUGUGGGCGGCAUUCGAGAAUCCGCACACAACAUCAAUAGCACUUGUAUUUUAUUAUGUCAUUGGAUUUUUUAUUGCUGUAUCAGUGAUGUGUAAUAUAGUGGAAACAAUACCUUGUGGGUAUGAGGAUAAUGUGUCUGUGACGUGUGGAGAAGCCUAUGAAGAGCAAUUCUUUGUUAUCGAUACAGCGUGUGUUAUCAUUUUUACGAUUGAGUACUUUUUACGGUUGAUUUCUGCGCCGGACCGAAUCAAAUUUAUGAGGUCAAUAAUGAGUGUAAUCGAUGUGAUUGCCAUAAUGCCUUACUACGUUAGUUUGGUACUAACUGACAAUAAGGAUGUAUCCGGCUUGUUUGUCACUUUAAGAGUUUUCCGUGUCUUCCGAAUAUUCAAAUUCUCACGACAUUCCCAAGGUCUUCGAAUUCUGGGUUACACUCUUAAAUCGUGUGCAAGUGAACUUGGAUUCCUUGUAUUUUCACUGGCAAUGGCAAUUAUCAUAUUUGCCACUAUUAUGUAUUAUGCGGAGAAAAAGGUCGACGCGACGAGAUUUACCUCGAUUCCGUCAGCUUUCUGGUAUACAAUUGUGACUCUAACAACUCUUGGAUACGGAGACAUGGUUCCAUCAACAAUAAUGGGUAAAAUAGUUGGAGGAGUAUGCUCACUGUCUGGAGUGUUGGUUAUUGCUCUUCCAGUUCCAGUUAUUGUCAGCAAUUUCUCUCGAAUUUAUCAUCAAAAUCAGAGAGCUGACAAGAGAAAAGCACAGAAGAAAGCCCGUCUUGCUAGAAUUCGGAUCGUUAAAAACGCGUCUGGACUAGCAUUAUUCAAUAAGAAGAGAGCUCAUGAAGCUCGGAUGCUAGCAUUUGAACAGGGUCAUCUCUCUUUCGAUGCUCUCCGAGACGAAGAUAUCUUCGAAAUCCAACAUCAUCAUCUUCUUCAGUGUCUAGAAAAAGCGACGGAACGUGAAUUUGUUGAAUCAGAAGUGAUGUUUGAAGGUGGAAGAAAUACUCCUCCGCCCAGUGAAACAGCUUCAUUGAAAGGAAAAACAAAGCGUAAAAGGCGAUUAUGCUGUGUUUCAAAAGAAAAUGAAGAAAUGGAAGAGUUGGAUCGAGAGACUCGUGUAACAUUCAAUCAGAAUAUGGAUCAGAUUUGUGAAUUACCAAAACCUGAUGAAAUGGAACUCAAUCAUCGAAAUAAUGACAAAAUUUGCGUAUCGCAACUGUAAUCUACUUCUUUAUUUUAUUUUUUUAAAAUGAUUUCUAAAAAUCAUUUUCUAUAGAAAAUUUCUCUCAUUGCUCUACCGGUUCCGUCUUUCUAGAAGCUAGUUGUUCUUUUACAAAAGUUUUCUGAAAUCAUCCCUCCCAACUAUUCGGUUUCCCCAAUCUCUCAUCAACGAUGCAAUUUUGUUUUUUUCUGUAAUUUUUACUUUUUCAAGUUAGAAACAAAUAUAUUUCCAUUGAACCCGUUUCCCGAAAAACUUCAUAUCGCUCUUUUUCUUUUUCAGUUCGAGGUGACUUUUCUCUAAAUUUUCCCCGCUACUAGGAGCCUCUCCGAUGAUCUGCCCAUUGGUGGCAGAUGUCUUUCAUUUUUUUUUUGAUUUUUCAGAUGGAAAUAUAAAAUUGAAGUAAAAUUAACUUUUUAUGUGCAGUUUUUUUUUUUUCAAUUUUCCAGGUCUGUCGAUAAAGUUUUAUUUAUUUUC